ACCCACUGGCCGGGUAAGUGCCUGGGUAUCGUCCGAUAACAGUCUUACCCGGUGAGUGAAAUUCUAUGGCAUUUCUUUGUAGUUAAAAAUAGACGAGUUGUAGGUGUUUUAAUCCUGACAGACUUGUUCAGAGAAGGGUGUGUCAGAAUCGAGCAUUCAGAUACAGAACGGAACACAUCACAGACUUCAACCAUUUCACCAGAGACAUCUUAGUCUUUAGUCUAUGUCCAUGUCUGCGAGAGGAGUGCAGUACGUUUACGACCCGAGAAUGACUAAGUCACAGCACUACAGACAGGACGUGGUGUCACGGAAGCGUGAGGAGCGCGCUGUACGAGAACAGCACAGACGCGGCAGACAGGCAGCAUCCUACCUGGCCGACGAUGAUAAUUACCCGAGUUUUAAAAUGCAACUAAACAAGAUUGGUCUUCAAUUGAGAGACAUCCCAGGAGAUGGGAAUUGUCUUUUCCGUGCCUUGGGGGACCAGCUUGAGGGUCAUGGCAGAAACCACUUCAAAUACAGAUACGAUGUCGUCAACUUUAUGUCCGAUCAUCGCGAUGACUUUGAACCUUUUGUUGAAGAUGAUGUUCCAUUUGAUCGACACAUUCAAAAUUUGCGAAAAAUUGGAACGUAUGCAGGAAAUGAUGCGAUUGUAUCUUUUGCUAGACUACAACAGGUCAACGUUAUUAUCCAUCAACUCGGCUCGCCCUUCCUUCUGAUACAGGGUCUUUCCUCCCCGACACCCAAUGCUCGGCAGAUACACAUCGCCUACCACAAUGGUGACCACUACUCCAGUGUAAGGCGAGUCAACGACAAUACAGAAUCUCAGGCCAAUAUCAGACUGAAG